AUGUUUUAUUCCAUAGAUCAUGCAUCAAUAUUAUCAGCAUCCUCGUCGCCUUCGUCGUCAGGCACAUGCAAGUGUGAAGGAGCAGUCUUAAUGGAUGAUCCAAUGAAGGGAGAUGUUUUAAGUGCUGAUCGUUACCACACUAAGAUGUUUGCUUGUAAUGGAUUGCUUUGUUUAAACCUUAAUGGGGAUCGUACACUGAUUCUUUGGAACCCAUAUACUAAAGAAUCUAAGAAAAUCGAACUACCAAGCUGUGUGCUUUGGCCAGCUGCUAAAGGUUAUGGAUUUGGUUACGAUAGCAGCAUAAAUGACUACAAGUUUGUAUAUAUAGUUUGGAAUGAAGUUAACGUAUACAUGUUGGGAUCAGAUUUAUGGCGAAGAGUCAAUACCACCACCACUUGUAAUUUUUCUUAUGAUGGUUUGCAUUUUAAUGGUGUUCUUCAUUGGUUGGGUACUAUUGUCACCCGCGAACGGACCAAACUAAUAGUGGCUUUUGAUUUGAGCAGUGAGACAUACAUGAAUUUGCAUUUUCCAGAAGAAACUAUAACGCUACAUGCAGAUGGUAACGUUUACUUCAAGCUCCAAGUGUUGGGAGAUUCCCUUUGUUUAGUUUGUGGUCUGCUUGGUCGAGUUGGUCGAGUUGAUGUAUGGGUCAUUCAAAAUUAUGGAGUCCGAGAAUCUUGGAUCAAGAAAUUUACCACUACGGAGGCAGAUAUUACUAGGCAUCCUUUUUUCUUAGAGUUCCAUUGGUCUUUUGAUAACGGUGAAAUUCUAGUACAGGUUCAGCAACAAUUCUUUUUAUACGACCAAGAGAAUGACAGAGUUAGGUGGCUGAAUAUCAAUGCUACCGACGAUAACUUUAGUUGUGUGAAAUCGAAGAGUGACGUGGAGAGCUUAGUGUCAUUAACUUGUAAUCGUAAUUUAUUCAUUUAG